GGCGAGGGCCCGGCGCGGGGCCGCCCCCGCGGCGCCGGGAGGAGCGCCGGGCGGACUGGCCGGCCGCCGGGAUCCGAUCGGCUGCGCGGUGGCUGCUGGCUCCGGGCGGAAGGACGGUCAGCUGGGCAGUCGUGACUGAGCCCGAUGACCUGUUGUGUCCUGCGGUUCUUCUGCGGAGGGAAGCGUGAAGAGUCCUGAAGUCACUGGGAGAGGACGCCGUGGGGCCUGUCUCCCCACCUUCCCGCCCUCCCGUGUGUCUGGAGUCGGCCCUGUCACUCCUGUGUUAUUCCUUUUUCACGGAGGCUGCUUGCUGUCUACAGACUGCACGUGGCUGAGAGGCCCCCAGGAGCGCCCUGGGCCAGCUGUCCCCUGGGGGAAGAGACAGGCUGGGACAAACGGUGCCCCCGCGUCCAGCCUCCACCUGCCCCUGGUGCCUGCAGGGGUCGGGACAUGCGGCAGGGACAGGAAUCUCCCCAGCCCCUCAGGCCCGUGCAGCUGGCCCGGGGCACAGAGCUGAGAACUGGGAAAAUCGCCGAUUGCCUCGGAGGCUUGGGGCAGGAAUUGCGGACGGAGGCCGUCGCCACCCCGGCCGGCCCCCCUCGGCCCGCGCGGGGCACGGUGGUCGGCUGCUGAGACGCCCAGCGCUGUCCCGGCCUGGGGCGCAGCUGAGGGCCGUUGGCAGCACCUGCUGUCAGGGAGGCUGUCCUGAAGACACAGUGCCCACCGUACCCUCGCUCUCUGGCUGCUUAGAGCCUCUCCCCGGCACUGGGGCCAGGACCUCCGAAUACACCCCCGCCCAGGCCACCCAGCUCCCCCUCCAGCCACACCGCCUCACUAGCACUGACCCCAGGAAGGCUGGGGGCACCGCGGGAAGGCCAGCCAUGGCUGCCCCCAGAGCCCACCCAGGCUCCUGAGGCCUGGAAGGCAAGGGGAGCUUUUAGGAGCCCAGGGUCCUCUGCCCAUUGCCCUGGCCUCCCUCCACCUCAGCGAGGCGCCUAGGAGCUGCCACUUUGUUAUCUAGGUAAUUAGCUUCAGACCCUGGACCAAGGCCAGCCAGGUCCCGGACUCUUAACCACAGGCUGUGCACCCUGACCCGGGGAGGCCCUGCCCGCUGAGCAGCCGCUGUGCCAGGGCCCUGGGAAGCAGGCUGCAGGUGCCCGCCCACGCUGCCCUCUCUGCCCAGGGCCUGUGCCCCUCAUGACUGCCCAGGCCUAGUGACGGGGUGGGGCCUCCUGACCCAGCCUUGCCAGGGGCAGAAGGCACCCAGGCUUGGGGAGGGGAUGCCCCCACGGGUACCCGUCCAGCCAGCUGCCCCACCCCUCAGGCCCAGCCUGGUCCCCGCACUCCCCCGUCUGGUGCCCCCAGCAGCCCACUUGCCAGGCAGCCCCCGCCAUGGCCGAGCACCUGGAGCUUCUGGCAGAGAUGCCUGUGGUGGCCAGGAUGAGCACACAGGAGCGGCUGAAGCAUGCCCAGAAGCGACGCGCCCAGCAGGUGAAGAUGUGGGCCCAGGCUGAGAAGGAGGCCCAGGGUAGGAAGGGCCAGAAGGAGCGGUCGCAGGAGGAGGCAGCCGGUGGCAGGCGGCAGAAGCGGGUCCUCUUCCCUCCCAGCGUUGCCCUUCUGGAGGCAGCUGCCCGCAACGACCUGGAGGAAGUCCGCCAGCUCCUCGAGAGUGGGGUCAGCCCCGACCUAGCCAAUGAGGACGGCCUGACGGCCCUGCAUCAGAGCUGCAUUGAUGACUUCCGGGAGAUGGUGCAGCAGCUCCUCGAGGCCGGAGCCAAGGUCAACGCCCGAGACAGUGAGUGCUGGACGCCCCUGCACGCCGCGGCCACCUGUGGCCACCUGCACCUGGUGGAGCUGCUCAUUGCUCGCGGCGCAGACCUCCUGGCAGUUAACACUGAUGGGAACAUGCCCUAUGACCUGUGCGAGGAUGAGCAGACGCUGGACUGCCUGGAGACGGCCAUGGCCAGCCGUGGCGUCACCCAGGACAGCAUCGAGGAGGCCCGGGCCAUGCCGGAGCUGCACAUGCUAGAGGACAUCCGGUGCCUGCUGCAGGCGGGGGCUGACCUCGACGCCCCCCGGGACCAUGGGGCCACGCUGCUACACAUCGCCGCAGCCAAUGGGUUUGGUGAGGUGGCUGCCCUGCUGCUGGAACACCGGGCCAGCCCAAGCGCCAAAGAUCUGGAUGGAUGGGAGCCGCUGCAUGCUGCGGCCUACUGGGGCCAGGUUCACCUGGUGGAGCUGCUUGUGGCACACGGGGCCGACCUGAACAGCAAGUCCCUGACGGACGAGACGCCUCUCGGUGAGCCAGAGCCUCAUCCUUCCGGUGUGGGGGAGGGGCAGGGGGCACCCAUGAUCCUCUGCCUCUCCUCCUCAGAUCUGUGUGGGGACGAGGACGUGCGUGCCAAGCUGCUGGAGCUGAAGCACAAGCACGACGCCCUCCUGCGCGCACAGGGCCGCCAGCGUUCUCUGCUGCGCCGCCGCACCUCCAGUGCCGGCAGUCGGGGGAAGGUGGUGAGGCGGGUGAGCCUGACCCAGCGCACCAGCCUGUACCGCAAGGAGCACGCCCAAGAGGCCAUCGUGUGGCAACAGUCACCACCCACGAGCCCAGAGCCUUUCGAGGAGGAUGAGGACCGCCAGACAGACUCCGAGCUGAGGCCACCACCCCUUGGGGAGGAGGACGUCCAGGAGGCCAGGCCGCACAACGGCCGAGUGGGCGGCCCCCUGGGGCGGCACCUGUACUCCAAGCGGCUGGACCGAGGCGUCUCCUACCAGCUGAACCCCCCGGAGGGCACCACCGCAGAUGCCCUGGUCCGGGCCAGGGCCCACCACACCCUGGCUGAGCUCAAGCGCCAGCGGGCCGCAGCUAAGCUGCAGCGGCCCCCACCUGAGGGGCCCGAGGCCACGGAGUCUGGCCCGCCUGUGGACAUGGAGGCCGCCCGGCUGGAGUGUGGCUCCAGGGCUGGGGGAGACCCGCCCCUGCUGAGACUCACAGCCCCCUCAGAGGAGGCCCCCCUGGAGAAGAGACCGUGCUGUCUGCUCAUGUGAGGGCUGCUUCAGGGCCCCUGCCCUGUGGACCCCAAGGCACGCCCCCGCCAGAACGCCAGCCUCCUCCCUCAGGGGCAGACCUGCGGCAGAGGCCGUGCCCGGGAGGCACCUGGCUGCCGAGACCUGGUUUCAUCCUGUGACUCUCGAUAAAGGGCCAUUCUGCCA